UCGGGUGUCUGUCACCUGAGGCUGGAGAUAACUCACUCACCCAAUCCCAUUAAGCCUGCAGCUUUCUUCAAUACAGCCAGGCCGUCUUGUCAGUUUCAGGGCCAUAUCCACAUGAAAAACUCGGAAUCCUGUCCGCUCCCCCAGGCGACUUUUGAGUGAGAGCGCGGACUACACAAUGGGUCACCAGCUCAUAUUGACCAAUAAGGUCAGAUUUUGGACUUUCUCCAUUGGAGUUCUCUACAAUCCAACCCUGGUUUGUUUGUUAGCGUUUCACAUGGCAGGCCUCAGUCAGGAAUGGAAAAAGCGGGAUUGGCAAGGGAGAAGGCCAGAAAAGCAGGAAAUGGGAAGACGGAAAAGGAGGAUACAGAGAUGGAUGGAAGGAAGGGGAAGGAAAAUAAAAGUAAGAGAAAGAAAAAGAGUGAAAAAAGAGGAAGAAGAGGAGGAAGAAGAGGAAGAAGAAGAGAAGAAGAAGAGGAGAAAAAGAGAACAACAAGCAGGUAAAGACCGGACAGUUUCUUUUGUCUUGUUCAAGGUGCCCUUACUAAGUUCCGCUCUAACAAACAAACCAGGAUUAGAUUGUAUUGGGGUAUCAUACCACUAGCUAACCUACAAGGCAACCCAUUGACGCCUCUUCUUAUAGAC